AUGAUGAUGCCUCCAAUUCUUCAUCCCAGAGAAUCAUGGCCCUUAGCUCCCCGAAUCUCCUCCUCAGACUCCUCCCUGUCUCCUGCAGCUGAGCCAACCCCGGACAAAACCUCCCCUCAACGAUCCACAGCAACUUCCUCUGUCAUACAACCUACUGAUGUAAGCACCAAACCCUCAGUUUCUCAGCUUAACCCCUCACAAUUACCGCCCAGCACUCUGUUAUCUACAGUCCAUCCAAUCAAACAAACAACUUUCCCCAAACCUGUCAAAUUACAUGACAAAUCUACUGAGUUGUCUAGAGAACCUGCUGGCAUGCCAAAGGAAUCUGGUGGGAAUCCCAAGAGCUCUUGGGACAUGCCCGAGGGAUCUGGUGACAUGCCCGAGGGAUCUGGUGACAUGCCCGAGGGAUCUGGUGACUGGUCCAAGGGAUCUUGGGACAUGCCCGAGGGAUCUGGUGACAUGCCCAAGAGAUCUGGUGACAUGCCCGAGGGAUCUGGUGACAUGCCCAAGAGAUCUGGUGACAUGCCCGAGGGAUCUGGUGACAUGCCCAAGAGAUCUGGUGUCCUGUAUUAACAUGUUAACACACAUUUUUGACCGUUACAUAGAUAUGUGUUUACAGAAGAGAGUAUAUUUGCCACGCCUUUGGCUAUCUAUUCUUCAUGUUACAUACAGUACAGGAUCAACGGACUGCAAAUGCACACUUUUAUAUAUAUAAUAGUUGUGUAAUGUUCAUUUAACAAUUAUUAAUGAUUAAAUCCUUUCUCGUGUCUCUAUACAUCAUCUCAUCUGUAAAAACUAAAAGGAUCAGCAGUAUUGGUUAAUACAAAUAAAGGUUUCAAUAAAUGAUUAAAACAA